AAAACCGCGCGUGCAUUGGCAGCAUUGUUUUUUGGUAGUUUACAAAUAAAAUGGCCGAUAUAUGAGGCUAUUUUGUAUGGACAAUAAAAUAUACAAUUUUGUAAAAUUAAUGACCAUCGGUUGUUCGUAUAUGUAUGUCAAAGUACAGAUUUAGUGGUGUGAAAUACGAGAAAAGAAGGUGAAGUGUAAGUGAACGUGUGGGAGUGCCGUGAGAAGAAGGUGGAGGUUGUCUUUCAAGACCCGUGGACGCCGCGGGCCCGAAGACAGAAACGAAGAAUCACUUACAAGCUCUAAUACAUACGACAGUCAACCAACCACUGUAUCAUUUACAUUGACGCGCGGUGGCGCGGUGGCAACUAUAUAAGAACGGCUGUAGAUUUACCGAGCCUGGUUUACAUCGCAACGGGCCCCCUCUGCCGCCUGCUCCAAUUCUUCAGGCAUUCUUACCUUACCUCCCAAAACAUUGUGUGUUCUUGAGUCUAACAAAACAACGCUUGGGAACACGCUGUGCACUUGUUUGCACUUUAUGCUACAUAUGAUUAAAAGUGCAUCGCAUUGAUUACCUUGAAAACUCUAUGAAUCCUAGUUACAGCUUGUAGAUAAUAAGGCAAGCCUAAAUAUUAUUACAUCCUAGAGCCAUUGCAGGCAGAUAUGAUUUCUAAUUUUGAAAUCCACGGCCAAGAUACUGGAGUGUGACGGGUACAUUUAUUUAGAAUCCCUCAAAAUAUUUCCCGCCGAUCAAUUCGUUGUAGUGGAAAGAAGUGGUACGGACAAUGCGUUGACAGAGACGGAGGGGCCAACGAGCACAGCAUCUAGCCAGCCCACCCCCUCCGUUACUCCUCUGUCAAACAUGUGCACCACUCCUGGCAAUAUGGGCACAGGAUUUGGGUAUACCUGGUCCUUUGGUGGGCCAGGUGCAGAAACCCGAGAAAAUGCACAGGCCGAACUUAAUACAAAUAUUAGUUAUGCCGUGAACAAUAAUCAGGACCAAGGAUCCAGUCAGAAGAUACAAGUUGACAUUAAACCAACAAAAAUUGCUAAUAGCACUCAUCGUAGACCAAUGUUCAGUAUGAAUGAAACUUGUCAACAAACUCCAACAACCCACCAUGGCCAUACAGCUGGAGCUCAUAAUCAAACGCAUGGCACACAUGUUCGUAAUAAGAAACAUCACGAUGUAUUUUCGUUGACAUGCGACAAAGGGGGUUGUAAUUGUGAUGCAGCACAUCCGACACCUCCACCUUCCCUUUUCUCGAACACUUUAGUUUUUACUACAGCCGAUAAGCAUGCUAUGAGUAAGCAUUUUAUGACACCCCUUGGACCGCUACAACUCACGGCGGAAGAGUGCAAUGAAAUUUUAAUGAAAAGAGCAGCAGCUGCGUCGAAUCAAGCUAAUGUAAACAAUGUGGCUACCAGCCAAACAGAUACCACAGCACAUUUUGGGCACGUUUUAACGCAUGUCAAUACCACGCAAAUUGAGACAAAGGUAAAACAGCAACAAGAUAUGGGAAGUCAGGUUCGUGUACCAAAAGAACGACCAUAUUCUUGUUCGGAAUGUGGGAAGUCUUUCCUUCUCAAACAUCACCUUACAACCCAUGCGAGAGUUCAUACAGGAGAACGACCUCAUGUUUGCGUGCAUUGUGGAAAAAGUUUUGCGCACAAACAUUGUCUUCAUACUCACCUGCUUCUGCAUAGUGCAGACCGACCUUAUCAAUGCCUUGAAUGUAAAAAGUCUUUUACAUUAAAACAUCACCUUGUAACACACACGCGUGUACAUACCAGAGAUCGCCCAUUUAUUUGUCAAGAAUGUGGAAGAGCAUUUCCACUGAAGCGUCAUCUGGUGACGCAUAGUAAAUUUCAUUCAGGGGAAAGACCUUUCGUUUGCGAAGAGUGUGGAGAAUCGUUUUCGCAAAAGGAUCACCUCACAAUGCAUUCGCGCUUCCAUGGCAGUUUAAAUCCGUUUGUUUGUCAAGAUUGCGGAGCAACCUUCCAGAGAAAGUUUGAGUUAGUGAAUCAUGGUCGCUUACAUGGCAGAGUUCCACAUUCGUGUACUGUUUGUGGGAAAGAAUUUUUACAAAAAAGAACAUUGUUAGCACACAUGCGUUUACAUACAGGAGAAACUCCAUUUGCUUGUACCGUUUGUGGAGAAGCGUUUCCCCGGAAAACAGACUUGGUUGCCCAUUCUAAGAUUCAUAAUAAUAAGAUGGCAGCAGAUGAUAAAUCUCUUAUGUGCAGGGAAUGUGGAUUGGAUUUCUCGAAUCGAGAAGCUCUUAAUCUGCACUUGAGGUUACAUUCUGGUGAUCGAGCGCUUGUUACGGAUCUCUGUGGGUUAGCCGCUGCCUUCCAACAAACUCCUGGACACUUCCUUACUCCCAACACCACUGGAACUCAUCAGCUGAAGAAUUUGCAGAUGAAUGGACCGAUUGGAAAUCCCGGUGUUAGUCACAUGCAUGGUGCGACGCAAACGUCGCCGCCAGUCGGAACAGCCCCGAAGCCAAAACCGCACAUUUGUCCUGAUUGCGGUCGUGGUUUCGUACAGAAGCAUGCGCCAGCACAUGGAUCCUCCACCGAGUAUACUUCGGCAACAACAAAGACAAGCCGCGCAAGCUGCUGCUCAACAAGCGCAACAACAACAGCAGCAACAGCAGCAGCAAACGUGCACUGUAGAUACAAAAACGAUACAACUGCAGGCGAUACAGCAGCAAGUGCAACAGCAGGUCCAACAACAAGUACAACAACAACAGCAGCAGCAGCAACAACAAGUACAGCAGCAACAGGUGCAGCAACAGCAGCAACACCGCAACCACAACAACAGCAAACGUGCACGGUAGAUACAAAAACGAUACAACUGCAGGCAAUUCAGCAAGUGCAACAACAAGUUCAGCAGCAGGUACAGCAACAAGUACAACAGCAGCAGCAACAGCAACAACAACAACAGCAACAAGCGUGCUCUGUGGACACUAAAGCAGUACAGUUAAAUGUUACUAUGUGA